AUGGAACAGACACCGCACAAGCGCCAACAAUUCCAGACCUUUACCAUAUUGGUUGAACAUGUCGUUCUUCGCCUGCGACGAGAUGUCGUGCACCACCAUCAAUCCACUGCCACUUCGUUACGUCGGACACUCUCAAAACCCUUCAAGGGACAACGACAAGCAUCUCGGCAUGCAGUGGACGGUGAUCGAGUCACCGAGAACAAGGCCAAAACGAGUGGUGAAGAGCCGCGGAGACCGUCUCCAGCGCAUGGCAAAUCUUUGAGAACAACCCCCAAGCUAUCGCGCGAGAUCAUGGCGAACAACCUUUCCCAGGUUGAAAGCUAUGUGAGGAGAACAAGCGUUCGUGUUCAGUACUUGGAGGCGCUCAUCGAACAGGAACACUCGACUAUCGGCCAAGUCACAGAGAUCAAGAGACAGCUCAAGACAGCACAUAGAAAUCUGGAAAAGCUACACUUCGAGAGGUGUCCGUCUCUGGGUAUCGAAGUCAACGACUGGGUGACGGGUGCGAUGCGACUUGCGUGGCAAGCAUACCGUCGAAUGGUGAAGCUGGAAGAGAAGCUUAAGAAUCUUCCUGUGAACUUUUCAGAUAGCGAAGAUUGGGCCAAGGAUGGCGAGAGAGAUUCGCCGGUCAUGAUUGGAAUUGAGAUGGAGCCCGAGAAGAAGCCACUCGAGCUCGAUACCACAGCCGGAGCAGCGGAAGAAACAUCUACACGACGCGUACAACCGGUCACAUACGUUCCAACUGGCGCCAAAGGUGCAAGAUUGAGCGUACAGAUACCGAAUGCGAAUACGAUACCCGUGAAAGAAAGACGAGGGCAGCAUACAGAGGCGUACAGAAUGUCGGGCGCUUUACCAUCAGCUGAAAGACUGCCUGCUGGACCUUCCCCAACACGGGUACCGUCAGAAGCCGACCACGCGAAAGGAUCCAGAGCGCUGCCCCUGCUGAUCACCCACGACCAAGGAUUAGGCGAUGAUGGCCGGUAUGAUGGCGAUUACGACAGUGAAGACUCGCUGUACGAGACUCGGCGACAAAGACAUAGAGUCGAAGAAAGGAGAAGAUAUUCUGCCGUCGAAGACUUCGAUCCGGAGCAGACCACUCCAACAAGAAGAGAGGUCGAGGCACGGCUCCGAGAAGCAGAGGCUGAGCUUGCGCCUAUCAUGAUGGAACCGGACAGGCAGCGACAGGGUAGUCUGCCCGGUUCCAUGGUCGCCGAUAUGGUGAUGAACAACGUCCUCAAUGAAGAAUACGUUCUGCCUUAUCUUCAUUUUAUCAAACACCACGAACUGCGGGCGCUGAAGCAAUGGUUGGUGGACAAUCACUACGUGAAAAAGUCGGCAGUAAUCAGUCGCACCGAGAAAGUAUUGCAUUGCUUGGAGCUUCUCCAGACAGGAUGUCGCUACGAGACCAUAGCAAUCAUCUUCUCACGUACACCGCGCCAGGUGGAGAGCUCCUGUCACGAAGUCAUGGAAGGAUUACUGGAACUGCACGGCUUCACCAUGAUCAAAGCCCGUGAUCAGGAAAUGUACACGACGCUUUGGGGCAUCUGGGCCAGAAAAUUCGGCAAUCCUCGAAACCACCAUCCAGCCGCCUACUAUUACGGCUUCGAUUGGCUCGAUGCCGGCAAAGUCAUGGUGACGCUCAAUCUCUACAUCGGUAGAUGGCGUGAGCAGGGCAAGUUCGCACUCGAUGGGCCCUCGCUCAACUGGGGCAAAUUCUUCGAUGCAGAAGGGACCGGGAGGUUCCCUAGAAUGGACCAACCCUUGCGGCUGCAGUACAGCACCGUGAGCUCUGGCGACAGCGACACACUCAAAGGCCUGAGCGAAGUCGAAGAAAACGAUGAAGAGGACGACGAAGAGGACGAUGAUGAUGAUGAUGAUGAUGAUAGCUCGCUAUAUGAUGGCGGUGCCGUCCAAACAGCCUGA